CGUCUCUCUCUUUCUUUCUCCCUCUCUCUCUUGUUAUUUUUCUUGUUCGAUCUCAAGGAGUUGCCAAUUUGAAGGUGUUUUUCUUCGUAGAGACGUACGUACAUCCGAAUUAAGGUGAAAUUGGAAGAUGAGUCGAAGAAACGGUGGUGGAGGUCCCAAGCUUGACUUGAAGCUAAAUCUUUCUCCACCAACACGUCGUAGACCAAUAAUGAUUGAAUCGCCAAACGAAUCAGCCACGGUUUCUCCUACGAACUCUUGUUUGUCGUCGGAGCUUGUUCAUGAUGAGACAGGCCUCCACUACUCAACAAGCCCAGAAGCGACGUCUAUGAUGUUGGUCGGUUGUCCUCGAUGCCUUAUGUAUAUUAUGCUUUCCGAGGAAUACCCUAAGUGCCCUAAAUGCAAGAGCACUGUUUUACUUGACGUUGUUCAAAACAACGUCAAGAAAACAAAAAAUAGUUAAAAUAAAAUAAGUUUUAAACUUUUAGAAGCUAGUAGCAGAUUAUUUUACUUUAAUGUACGUGUAAUGUUGUUUAACCUCCAUUAAAUUUCACUUUGUAAUUCAUGAAGACUUUAUGCAAAUUGA